GCGGGCACGCGCCGCACGCCGCGCGCCGCGUAUGGUGUGAACAGCUAUUAAGGAGUUAAUUGUGUCGUAAACUAUGGCCUGUUAUGUCGGGGCUAUUUGGAGAUGUUGCGACGCCGCAUUCAUGAUAGCUGUAAUCGUUUAAUGAACACGAGUAGGAAGUUUCCGACGUGCGGCGGCUCGAGGACAGUCCGGGGUGCUUGGCGCGAGGCCGAGCGAGCGCGGUAUGCGCGCAGCCCGCUCGACGCACAGCCACACGUCACAAGGCAGAUCAUCAAUGGGCUUUUUGAAAAUUGUUGCUCAUUGUUCCUUUAACGUGAUCGCUCACAAUCCAGUAAGCCAUACGACGUAGCUAUCAAAGUACAACAAUGACCAGUAGUAAGAGUCGGAUAUUAUAUAUCACUAUCCUAAUAUUGAACGUAAUCGUUUUCCUUAUGACGUGUAUUGGUUGUAAUGCCGACGUGCGCGUGCGCAGUACGAGUACUACAACAGCGCUGUCAGCGGGACACCUCGCUAAUGAAUGUAAAGUGAACAAUUGACUCGACGAGCUCCUCGUGUCCGUGGCUUCCUCUCUGGAAUGAGCGAGUGCGGCGCGUGAGGCGGGAACAUGCGCGCCGGCCGCCCACCAUGAGCCACAACGGCACGGACGACGGCUGCGACUCGGACGUGGGCGUGGAGCCGGGCGACAAGCUGUUCCGCUUCGUGGUGCACGGCGUGCUGCUGAACGCCAUCGGCGCGGGCGGUCUGCUGGGCAACGCGCUGUCUGUGCUGGUGCUGUCGCGCCCGCAGAUGCGCUCCUCCAUCAACUGCCUGCUGGUGGGGCUGGCGGCCUGCGACACCGUGCUCAUCCUCACCUCCGUGCUGCUGUUCGGCCUCACGGCCGUGUUCCCCUACACGGGCCGGCUGCGCUACUACUACUACCACGUGUGCCCGCACAUUACGCCCUAUGCCUACCCCAUAGCCAACGCCGCGCAGACCAUGUCCGUGUACCUCACGCUCAUAGUGACCAUCGAGCGCUGGGUGGCGGUGUGCCAUCCGUUUCGGGCAAAGGCGUUGUGCACGUCAUCGCGCGCGCGCUGGUACGUGUUGGGCACGGCCGCCUUUGCCCUUGCAUACAACGUGCCCAAGUUCUUCGAGGCGGAAGUGAUCGAGCGCUUUGCAGACGGCGAGCUCGUGUACUGUGUCACCGCCGACCUGCAGUUUCGUACUGAGUCCUACAUAGUGGUGUACAUCCACUCACUAUACAUGAUCGUCAUGUACAUCGUGCCGUUCUCGGCGCUCGCGGCGCUUAACGCGUGCAUCGUGCGGCAGGUGCGGCGCGCGCAGGCCGAGCGCGCGCGCCUCUCGCGCGUCCAGCGCCGCGAGCUGAGCCUGGCCACCAUGCUUCUAGUGGUCGUACUCGUUUUUUUUCUCUGCAACCUACUCCCGCUCGUCACUAAUUCGUUCGAAGUGUUCCUCGGCGAUCAGUUCGACAAACUCGACCCGCUCGUCAAAACAAGCAACCUCCUGGUAACAAUCAACAGCAGCGUCAAUUUCGUCAUAUAUGUAAUAUUCGGGGAAAAGUUUAAACGGGUAUUUCUGAAGAUGUUCUGCGCGGCAGGCUUUUGGCGGCGCGGCGGCACUCGCGACUCGCCGGAGCACACGCGCGACGACUCGUUCGCGUCGUGCGGGGAGCGCGUGUCGCUGAGGCUCGCGCGCAACGGCACGCUGCGGCGCUCGGAGGCGCGAGGGGCGCGCGGCGGGGGCGCGGCGCUGGCCGGCAGCAGCCGCGCCCGGCGUGCGCCCUCGCCCGCGCCCACCGUCUACUACCCCGCGCCCGUCACCGAGCUGUCCAGCACCUCGGACGCGCGCUGGAACGGUCGCGCGCAGUUCUAACAGCGCUCGCUGGCGCCGCCCGCCGCCGCGCACUACCACUGAUCGCCACUGUAGUGCUCUGUGAAUAAGUGUGGUGUUGUAAGAGACGUUCUGACAGCCAUAUCGACUUUGUUAUAAGCCGGGGACCGGACGAUUGCCUGGAAUGGCUAAAUAUUUUUGUACAUACAUAUAAAUAAUAUAGCCCCCUCAUGGGUUGAGACCCAUCGGUCGAUGAUUACGAAUUAUUAUGUUGUAAUAUUACUUUAUGUAGGUAGGUACUGUAAACUUUUGUAAAUAAACAAAUAAGUACAUUGUAAACUUUUUGUCUCUUGUUACGCGCAGAGAGUGUAAGUUCCUGUGCCAUCUGCGCACGCGUCGAUGUAGCGUCACGUCGACCGAAAACAAAUACUCAAUUAAUAAAAUGUCAUUUAAUGUG